ACGGCGUUUUCCCGAGUGCCGAUACGGCGUUUUCCCAUCAGUCAACUGUUGACUAUACGAACUACUGCGUCAGUUAAUCUUCGCCGUGUCAAGAUUUAAAUUGCUUCCAGAUUGUAAAUACUUCACAUGGAAAGUAAAUUAUUCUAUUUUAAUCAUCUGCAACCGACCACUCACGCUCGGCGUGAGAUGGUAGCUAAUUCAGCAAUUUUGUUAACGAACACGGCAUACCGCACUUGAAAUACCGCAGCCAUAAAAUAUUCAGCAGAAUCAUACAAUAUCGCGGUCUAAAAAACAUUCAGUAAUACGUAACAGUUUGUUCGUAUUGCCAGUAAAACUAAAUUUCUUAGAUAAAUUUAUUUAAAUUAUAUUUAAAAAAUGGCGGAUGGUCCGUUUUAUCGGGGUUUCUGUGCGGAUCCGCUGUGGAAUUAUUCCCUGACUUGGAACACCACGGAUCCCGAUUUCACGCAGUGCUUUCAGACGACCGUGGCGGUGUGGGUGCCGGCGUUCUUCCUGUGGGCGGCGCUUCCCUUUCAAGCCUUCCGUAUUCUGCGUAGUCGGUGGAAAGAGAAGCGGUGGACAUGGCUGCCCAUUGCCAAAGUGGCGCUUUGUUUGGCGUUGUUUGCAGUCUGCGCCGCAGAUUUGGGGAUCACAGCCAGCAGUUGGAUAACGGAUGCUGAUUACGCGUCCGUUGGUAAUGCAGUGUUUUUUGCUGCACUCAUCCAGGGAAGCUCUUUCCUGUUAGCGGCAUUCUUCGUCUACACCGACCGGCGAAGUGCUCGUUCAUCGUCGGCAGUAUUAUUCAUCUUCUGGUUACUCACCCUCCUGGGAUGCAUCAUCCGUUUACGCGGUAUCGUCAGACGAUCGUAUACACAAGAUCUGCGGGCAGCUGAAAUGCCGUUAAAUAUUGUGGCCUUAAUACUGAUCAGCAUCCAACUGAUUCUCACUUUCCUUGCGCAAAAGUUCGAUGCGCGCAUUGCCGGCGAUAAGAAUCCAUCGCCAGAAAUUUCGGCAUCCUUUCCAAUCCGCUAUAUGUAUGCCUGGUUUACACCAAUGGCUAUUCUGGGCUACCGGAAACCGUUGGAAUUUGAAGAUCUGUGGGAUUUGCGGUAUGAAGAACAGGUUACGCCCUUGGCACAUACUCUUGAAAAGUACUGGAGCGAGGAGCUGGAAAAGCAUCGAAAGAAAAAUAUGACAGUUAACGAGAAAAAGCCGACCAUCCCAUCCCUCACCAAAGUGUGGUUCAAAACCGUUUGGGUGGAUAUGAUACUUAGCGGAUUGCUCAAACUGGCCAUCGAUCUUAUCGGAUUUAUUCCGCCACAACUGCUGCAGUUGCUGAUUGCCUUUGCGGCGGAUAUGAGUCAACCGGAGUGGAAAGGGUACAUCUACGCUGUGGCUAUGUUUGCGGCGACAUUUACGCAAUCCACAUUGAUUAGCAAUUUCAUGAUGUAUGUGCUCAAGAUGGGCUCAAGAUCGAAGGCCGGAUUUACAGCAGCCAUUUAUCGAAAGGCUCUGCGAAUUACUAGUGCUGCCAAACGCAGCAGCACCGUCGGAGAAAUCGUUAAUUUGAUGGCGGUGGACACCCAAAAGUUCUUCGACCUAGCGCAUUCGUUACAUUCACUAUGGGCGUCUCCGCUACAAGUGGGCAUCUCCCUGUAUUUUCUCUACCAGCAGCUGGGUGUGUCCAUAUUCGCUGGAUUGGGUUUUAUGAUUCUGUUGGUCCCCAUCAAUACCGUUACCGCUAUUGCUGCUCGAAAGUUUCAGGUAAUGCAAAUGAAAGAGAAGGAUAAGCGCAUCAAGCUUACGAAUGAGGUGCUGAACGGGAUUAAAGUGCUGAAGCUGUACGCAUGGGAAGAAAGUUUUGAAAAGCAAAUUUCGGACAUCCGAGAAAACGAAAUGCGAAGCAUUCAAAAAGCCGCUUUCUUGACGUCCAUGACCUUUUUCGUAUGGACGGUAUCGCCGUUUCUGGUAGCGUUGGUGACCUUUGCCACAUAUAUCUUCAUGGACGAAAGCAACGUUUUGGACACACAAAAAGCCUUCGUUAGUCUAUCCUUGUUUAAUAUUUUGCGCCAACCGCUGACGAAUUUCCCGCUGGUUAUCACAUCGCUUGUCCAGGCCAGGGUGUCCAUUGACCGCAUAGCCAGGUUCCUGACCAACGAAGAACUCGAUCCGGAUAAUGUGCGUUUGUUAGCCAAAUCCGAUCCAGCCGUAGCGGAAGCCGUGCUGGUGAAGAACGGUGAAUUCGCGUGGGACCAGAAGGAUGCCAGCACUCUGCAGAAUGUCAACGUGGAGAUCAAGCCCGGCCAAUUGGUGGCCGUAGUGGGAAAAGUGGGUGCCGGCAAGUCUUCGCUGGUGUCGGCGAUGCUCGGGAUGAUGGAGAAGAAGCGAGGCGAAGUGACCGUUAAAGGCACGAUUUCGUAUGUCAGCCAACAAGCUUGGAUACAGAACAUGACGGUUCAGCAGAAUAUUCUGUUUGGAAAGCCUAUGGAUCGGGAACGAUAUGAUCGCGUCAUAAAAUGCUGUGCACUGGAACCGGAUCUGCUUAUACUGCAAAAUGGCGACCAGACGCAGAUUGGCGAAAAGGGACUGAAUUUGAGCGGCGGGCAGAAACAGCGCAUUUCUCUGGCACGAGCUGUUUAUGCCGAUGCCGACGUGUGUUUUCUGGAUGAUCCACUCAGUGCUGUUGAUGCCCAUGUUGGCAAACAAUUAUUCGAGCAAGUCAUCGGACCAAAAGGUCUGCUUGCUGGGAAAACACGAAUCCUCGUAACACACGGCGUCAGCUUCCUUCCACAAGCGGACAACAUCCUAGUUAUCGAAGAUGGUGAGAUUGCUGAAACGGGAACCUACAAAACCCUGCUGAACAACAACGGUUCGUUCUCCGCGCUACUGCGCUCGUAUCUCUCCGAGAUGGCGGAGGACGACGAAGCGGAUGUUGUGUCAGUAUCCGAAGAUGUGGAACCGCGGUCACGGACCAGUUCCACCGCGACACUCCGGAAAGUCCGGCGAACCUUUUCCAAGAUAUCACAGAAACGGAGCAGUAUGAUACCGGAAAAGGUUCCCGAAAAACAAGUCCUGAAGCCGGAUGCAGCGUUAGUGGAAGAGAAGAUGGAAGUCGGCAAUGUGAAAUGGAACAUUUUCGUGUCGUAUAUGAGAUACAUGACGUACCCGGUCUUCUUCUCCAUGAUCGCCGGGUUCUCCGCGUACAAUGCGCUGAAUGUCUACAGUAACGUCUGGCUGGGUGAUUGGUCGGAGGAUGCGCAGUUUGAGGAGCGGCGUACCGAUCCCUCAUGGAGAGAUUAUCGCCUGGGUGUCUACGGUGGAAUAGGUGGCGCUUUAGGAUUAACAUACAUGGCCGCGUGUUUAAUGAACGCCGUCGGCCAGGUGUACGCCUCGCGCACCCUCCAUCGCGGUAUGCUGCGGCGUGUGCUGCAUGCGCCGAUGGCGUUUUUUGACACGACACCGCUUGGACGCAUCAUCAACCGCUUCAGCAAAGAUAUCGAAGCCAUCGAUCUCAUGUUACCGAUGUCACUGAUGAUCUUUCUCAGUUUUGCGCUCAGUGUAUUAGCUACGAUUAUCUUCAUCUGUGUGAUCAUUCCAUAUUUCGCGGCAGUUAUCGUUCCGUUGGCUAUUUUGUACUUUUUCAUCCAACGGUUUUACAUCGCCACCAGCCGUCAACUGAAACGGCUGGAUUCCGCAUCGCGAUCACCAAUUUUCUCCCAUUUCCAAGAAUCCAUUACCGGCACAACAACGAUCAUCGCCACCCGACAAACCGAACGUUUUAUGCACGAAAACGACGAGCGUGUUGAUCACAACAACAAGGCAGCUUACGCCAACCUGUAUUCUCAAAGAUGGGUGGCGGUCAUGUUGGAAUUUAUGGGCAACCUCAUAAUCUUGUUCGCCGCCAUUUUCGCCGUGGUGGGUCGCGGCAACGGUUUGGUCGAGCCGAAGGAAACUGGUUUGAUUUUAAAUUACACACUAUCGGUAACAUCACUGCUGAACUGGUUGGUGCGAAUGACCAGUGAAGUGGAGAAUCAUCUCGUCUCGAUUGAGCGUGUCCAAGAGUAUACGGAGAUCGCGCAGGAAGCCGAAUGGGUGCGCCCUGAUAAACGCCCCCCGAAGAACUGGCCACACGAAGGGAAAGUGGUGUUCGACAACUACCAAGCACGUUAUCGACCGGAACUGGACCUGGUGCUGACGGGCGUCCAUGCCGAUAUUAGUGCCGGCGAAAAGAUUGGAAUCGUUGGACGAACCGGCGCCGGUAAAAGUUCUUUGACCUUGGCACUCUUUCGCAUUGUGGAGCCUGCGGGAGGGAGCAUCAUUAUCGACAAUAUCGACCUAACCAGCAUGGGAUUGCAUGAUGUUCGCUCACAUCUUACAAUUAUUCCGCAGGAGCCGGUCUUAUUCAGUGGAACAUUGCGAAUGAAUCUGGAUCCAUUUGACAAGUACACGGACGAAGCUGUGUGGCAGGCUCUGAACGACUCGCAUCUGAAAACAUUCGUCUCCACCUUGACCGACGGUCUGCAGCACGUUGUUGCGGAAGGCGGAGAAAAUUUAAGUGUUGGUCAACGACAACUGCUCUGCUUAGCCCGAGCUCUCUUAAAGAAGACGAAAAUCCUCAUUAUGGACGAAGCAACAGCUGCGAUUGAUCUGCAAACCGAUGAGCUUAUUCAGAAAACUAUCCGGGAGAAAUUUGUUGACUGCACAGUGCUAACCAUCGCUCACAGGCUGAAUACCGUCAUGGACAGCACAAGGAUUAUGGUGAUGGAUCAAGGAAAAAUUGUGGAAUUCGCUCCACCCGCAGAGAUGCUGAAAGAUACCAAUUCCGUGUUUUAUUCCUUAGCCAAGCAUGCUGGUUUGGUAUAGCAUUAGAGGAAGAAGUGCUUUGGUGCAUAUUAUAAAAUUCUAGGUCCUAUAGACUGUGAUAGAAAACAUCGCUUCCUUUUCGUGAUGGAUUCUUCUGAUCUGGGCAUAAGGAUGGCAAACGUCCAUAAGCUAAACCUGUCGUACAUAAAUUUUAUCUGGAAACUGAAAAUAUACCAAAAGCCGGAGAUGA